AUGAGAAUUACUAUUGAGCCAGAAAGAACCUUGGGAAUUGAAGCUAUAUCUGUUGAUCCAAACUAUGAUGAUACAAUUGAAAACGUAAUGUGCUUGAUAUCACUUAAAAUAACGACGGUAUCAUCAAGUGAACUGGAAUUGAUCUACAAUGGAAGACUACUCCCUCUUAGUACCACUCUUGAUAAGCAAAAUAUUAGAGAAGGGCACACUUUGCAGCUAAAAAGGCGAAGAACUAGCUGUUGCACCUUAUUAUAA